AAUUUUUUUCAAUAUAUAUAAAAAUAAAUAACAAUAAUCAGGUUUUAUAUAAUAUAGCAAAAGAAAUGCAACAGCACCUGAUGCAGAUGCAGCCCAUGAUGGCUGGUUACUACCCCAGCAAUGUCACCUCUGAUCAUAUUCAGCAGUACUUGGACGAGAACAAAUCGUUGAUUCUGAAGAUAGUUGAAUCUCAAAACUCGGGAAAGCUCAGCGAGUGUGCCGAGAACCAGGCAAGGCUUCAACGCAACUUAAUGUACUUAGCUGCAAUUGCAGAUUCUCAGCCUCAACCUCCAAGCAUGCAUAGCCAGCAGUAUGGAACUGCUGGUGGUGGUGGGUUGAUGCAGGGAGAAGGAGGGUCACACUAUUUGCAACAGCAACAGGCAAUUCAACAGCAGCAGAGUCAGCAGUCUCUAAUGGCGGCUCGAUCUUCAAUGUUGUAUGCUCAGCAGCAGCAACAGCCUUAUGCAACGCUUCAGCAGCAGCAAUUGCACCAUAGCCAGCUUGGGAUGAGCUCAAGCAGCGGAGGAGGAAGCAGCGGUCUCCAUAUGCUACAGGGAGAGGCUGGUGGGUUUCAUGAUUUUGGCCGUGGGAAGUUGGAAAUGGGAAGUGGUGAAGGCAGAGGAGGAAGCUCAGGGGAUGGUGGAGAAACCCUUUACUUGAAGUCAUCAGAUGAUGGGAACUGAAAGAGUAUGAUGAAGUAGCAGCAGCAGAAGUAGUAAAAGUAAGAGUCUGAAGUUUGUGUGCGUUGGUUAAGUUGCUUGGUGAAGAAGCAAAGAAGUCUUAUUUACCCUUUUGUGUUUUUAUUUUCUCUUAUGUUUGUGCCCUAAAAAAAGUGAACUCUUUCGUGGUAGUGUACCAUGUAAAUCUGCUCGCUCUAAA